CAAUUUCCUCUCUCUUUUUUUUUUUUUUUGUUUGGGGAUAAACCCCAAAAACCUGAAGAACGAGAAAGGCUCAGAGAAGGGAGUGGGAGAGUGAGAGAGAGAGAGAGAGAGAGAGAUCGCUUGGAGUUUUGAUGGAGUUUUUCUGAAGAGUCUCUCUUUUUUCUUUGGCGUUUCAAGAAAGAUCGUGUCAGGGGCUCAAAGGAGUAUUUUAGUUUGGAAUUUUUUGUUUGUUUGAUUGGAAUCGGUAAAGGGAAUCCGUGGAUUUUUCUUAAUAGAAAUGGCUGGAUCAGACGAAAACAAUCCGGGCGGGAUCAGACUCACAAAUUUUCAAGAAGGUGGAUUUCAUGCUGGUGGUGGAAAAAUGGGUUUGCGGGUUGGACACAACCGGAGAGCAUUGAGCAACAUUAACAAGAAUAUAGAAGGAGCUCUUCCUUACCCUUAUGCGGUCAGCAAAAAUGUUUUUUCUGAAAAGCAUCCAGAUUGCAGUAAGAAACCACCGAUUCCGGGACAUCGACCAAUUACUAGGAAGUUUGCUGCCCAGAUGUCGAAUGCGCAGCAACCUAUAUCAGAGGAAACUGAGAAACCAGUCCAGUUGGUCCCAAAUCCUAGUGAGUCUGAAGACUACUGUACCAUCAUAGAUGUGGAAGACUACAAGGCGACUAGUGAUCUGCCAAUGUUUGUGCAACACACAGAAGCAAUGCUGGAGGAGAUUUAUCGAAUGCAGGAGGUAGAAAUGGAAGAUAUAGCCGAAGAGCCAGUUCUUGACAUAGACAGCUGCGAUAAAAAGAACCAGCUUGCAGUUGUUGAGUAUAUUAAUGAUUUAUAUACAUACUACAAGGAAGCAGAGAGUUCUAGUUGUGUCCCAGCAAACUACAUGGCACAGCAAUCUGAUAUUAACGAGAGGAUGAGAGCUAUACUCAUUGAUUGGCUGAUUGAGGUGCACUACAAGUUUGAACUGAUGGAUGAGACCUUAUUUCUUACUGUAAACCUGAUUGAUAGAUUCUUAGCUGCUCAACCAGUGGUGAGGAAGAAACUCCAGCUUGUCGGAGUAACAGCGAUGCUUCUAGCCUGCAAAUACGAAGAAGUUGCUGUUCCUGUUGUGGAGGAUUUCAUUGUGAUUUCUGACAGGGCUUACAGCAGAAAAGAAGUGCUUGAGAUGGAGAAGCUUAUGGUCAAUUCCCUACAGUUCAACCUCUCGGUUCCCACGCCAUAUGUGUUUAUGAGGAGGUUUCUCAAAGCUGCUGAAGCUGACAAGAAGCUCGAGCUGCUCUCGUUCUUCCUGAUCGAAAUGUGCCUGGUUGAAUAUGAGAUGGUGAAGUUUUCACCUUCUCUGUUGGCUGCUGCCGCAAUAUUUACAGCUAAAUGUACCCUCGGUGGCUUUAAGCAGUGGAGCAAAACCUGCGAGUGGUACACCAGCUACUCGGAGGAGCAACUAUUGGAAUGCGCAAGGAUGAUGGUUGAUUUCCACCAGAAAUCUGGCACAGGGAAGCUCACUGGUGUUCACCGGAAGUAUAAUACUUCUAAGUAUGGUUAUGCUGCAAAAACUGAUCCUGCUAACUUUCUCUUGGGGACCAGAUGAUGAGCCAGGGCAAAGACACAGAUGAUGAUGCAUCAAACACAAGACUAACUAAACUAGGCACUUGGGGGUUGGUUGGGGUUCAAUUGAGCAACAAAAGUUGCCCCUGGGUUCUAAUAUCGUAUUCCAAAAAUCAGUCUUUUAUAAACAUAAGAGGGAUUUCCUCUUCUUCUUUUUUUUCUCUUUUUCCUUUUGUAGAGGAAAAUAAUUUCAGUUCUUUUUAAAACUUGUUUUGGAUAUUGUCCUCUAAUGAAUGAUAAAGUCAAUGUUCAUUAGUUUGUUUUGUUAAUCCAUGUUCCACAGAUAGAUGGCUCAAAGCAUUUAUACUCUCUACUUGAACUCGGCCAUUUAUGCUCAAAGCAUUUUAUAAUCUAUUGAGGUGAUUUCAC